CGCGGGGAAUCGUGUGCACUCCUGGGUAAAUCGCUUUCUAAAAAAUGUCGUCACUUUUCCUCCUCGCUUGUUCACUGGCUUUCGAUAUCCAACUAUUGUUUCAAGAUACUUUACAAAUAAACUCUUCCUAGUAACAAAAUUAUAUAUUUGUCGAUUUGGACAGGUUUGUUUAAAAACUUGAAUGCAGAUGUGAAACAUGUCAAAGAGAAAGAGUAACUCAGUUGGAAGAAGCCCACCGAAAAGAGCCAGACCCACAGAGGACUGUGAUGACGACGACGAUGAUGAUAAUGAAGUGGGUCCCAGCCAACCCCCGUUGCCAUCAGCUUCACAGAUGCAGUCCAGUGGAGAGGUGGGCAUAGUGGAGAGCAUCUCCCUGAAGAACUUCAUGUGCCACUCUAUGCUGGGACCAUUUACGUUUGGGCCCAAUGUCAACUUUGUCGUCGGCAACAAUGGAAGUGGGAAGAGUGCUGUCCUCACAGCUCUUAUGGUUGGCCUGGGAGGGAAAGCUACCACCACAAACAGAGGGUCCUCCCUGAAGGGAUUUGUUAAGGAAGGAGAGAGCUCGGCUGACGUCUCCAUAACUCUGCGUAACAGGGGCAAGGAUGCCUACAAGCCAGAGCUGUUCGGCCAGGCCAUCAUUGUCGACCUAAAGAUAAACCGUGAGGGCCUAAGGACCUACAAGCUCAAGAGCCAAGCUGGUCAGCUGGUGUCAGGGAAGAAGGAGGAACUUUCAGCCAUCCUGGAUCACUUUAACAUCCAGGUGGACAACCCUGUGUCUAUGCUUACCCAAGAGAUGAGCAAGCACUUUCUGCACUCCAAAGGAGAAGGGGACAAGUACAAGUUCUUUAUGAAAGCCACGCAGCUUGAGCAGAUGAAAGAGGAUUAUAGUUACAUCAAAUUGACAAAAGGUCUGACUGAAAACAAUGUGAUUAAACACGAGGAGUGUUUAGAGCAACUAAAAAAGAAGUAUCUGGAGAAGGAGGAACGGUUUAAAAGCCUGUCCUCGCUAGACGAGAUGCACAGUAAACUAGAGGAGCUGAAGAAUCAGAUGGCUUGGGCUCUGGUGUCUGAAAUGGAGAAAGAGGUGAAGCCGAUCAAAGAAAAACUUCAAUCCGAGGAGCGGGCCACUGUUAAAUAUGACGAUAAAGUAGAGGAGUGGACGGCCAAGGUGGUGGAGGCAGAGAGGAAGUACAAGGCAAUUCGGGAGCAGCUGGAGGCCCUCACUCUGAGGGUUCAACUGCUGCAGCCAGAGUGUGCCACACUGAAGAACGAGGCUCAGAGCAGAAACAAAGCGUUUAACACAGCUCAGGCCAACUUACACAGAUUCAAAACCAACCUUAGAGACCUGGAGAAGGACAAGGAUCAGCUCUCCAGGAGAAUUGAUGAGCUCAAGUUGAGCAUCAACCAGACGUCUGGUGCUGAGAGCCAGGUGCGUGCUGAGCAAAUGGAGAGGCUGCAGAGAGAUCUGGACGCUCUGAACUUCAAGGACGACACCCUGGGUCAGCAGAUUGAGCAGUUCCAGUCGGCUGUGGCCCAGGCCAAGGAUGAACUGGAGAAGAUAAGGCGUGAAAAGAAGGACCAGGAGGGGUCGAUGAACGCCAUCAAAAGGAAAAUUGAGAAUAUGGAGGGCAGUCGCUCCGACCGCCUGCGGCGUUUUGGGGAGAACAUGCCUGCCCUGCUCGCCGACAUUGAGGAUGCCCACAGAAAGGGCCAGUUCAGGAAGAAACCGGUGGGGCCGCUGGGGUACUGUAUCCGUCUGAAUGACCACGAGCAGGCCCAGGCAGUGGAGUGUUGUCUGGGGGCCCUGAUGGUGGCCUUCACCUGUGACAACCACGAUGACGAGAAGCAGCUGCAGAGACUCAUGAGAGACCGCUUUCAGCCAGGAAAAAGACCCCAGAUUAUUACCAGCCCGUUCUUCAACAGAGUUCACGACACAAGUCAGAGGGCUGUAUACCAUUCCAACUACCCAUCAGUCUUGCAGUCUCUGGAGAUUGAGGAUCCAGUGGUGGCCAACUGUCUGAUUGACCAGAGAGGCAUUGAAUGCAUUCUGCUCAUCAAGGAUAAGACAGAAUGUCGCAGAGUGAUGAAUGGAAGGCAGCCACCUAGGAACUGCCGCAUGGCGUUCACCAAAGAAGGAGACCAGUGUUACACCGACCGCUACUACUCCAGCGACCAGCGAAGGUACCACUACCUCAGCAAAGAUGUGGAGGACGAGAUCAGGCAGUUGCAGGAGGAGCUGCACAACAAGAGGUCUCAUUUGGAGCAGCAGUUGCGAAGGGUGCAGCAGAACAUAAGCAAGAAUGAAGGUCUUCUAAAUACGGUUUAUGAAAACAGGAAAAAAGUCAAGGAUGAUAUCAUGAAGCUGCAGCAGGAGAUCAGUGAGUUGCAGAAUGUUGAGGAGCCCCAGUCUGAAGACCUCAACCCUCUGGAGGAGGAGCUUGAAGAGAUCAACUGUAAGAUCUCAGCCGCGCGUGUGGAUUGUGAAGAAGCCCAGGGGAAGAUGGCCCAGCUGAAGGCAUCCUGGGAGGAGGCGGAGCAGAGGUACCGCCAGCACAAAGAGUCCAUCAGCACAUUAGCAGAGGAGGCCGAUCCCAUUAAGGAAGAGCUGAGUAAGACUGACCAGGAAGUGGAAAAAAGCAAACACCAUAAAAAACAUUAUGAGGAGAAACGCAAGACCCACAUCAACACCAUCAAGGCCAUCAAGGCCUGCCUGCAGCUCAAGGAGCAGGAGCUCACUACGUCUGUAGCGAAGGCUACAGAGAUCUGCCCAGAACGCUCCGACGUGCGUCGGGCGGCCAGGAGUCUGGACAGCGAGAUAACCCGUCUAAAGCAGAAGAUAAGCACACAGCAGGACCAGCAGGGAGACAGAGAAGAGAUCAUCAGGCAGUACCAAGAGGCCCUGCAAAACUACAAUAACAUUAACCAGCAGGUGAAGGGCCUCAAGCGCUUCAUCGUCCUCCUGUCAAAGAUCAUGGAUGAUAGACACCAGGCCUACACGGAGCUGAGGAGGCUUCUGUCAUUACGCUGCAAGAUGUACUUUGACUCCAUGCUGUCGCAGAGAGGCUACAUGGGAAAGAUGAUAUUCGAGCACAAGAAUGAAACCCUGUCCAUCUCCGUCCAGCCAGGUCUGGGGGAUAAGGCUGCACUGAGCGACAUGCGCUCUCUGUCUGGAGGAGAGCGCUCAUUCUCCACUGUCUGCUUCGUUCUCUCUCUCUGGGCCAUUGCCGAGGCUCCCUUUCGUGCCUUGGAUGAGUUUGAUGUAUACAUGGACAUGGUGAACCGAAGGAUAUCAAUGGACAUGAUGUUGAAGAUCGCUGCAAGCCAACGUUACCGCCAGUUCAUAUUCCUCACCCCACAGAGCAUGAGUUCUCUCCCAGUCAACAACCUGAUUCGGAUCCUGCGUCUUGAUGAUCCAGACCGUGGCGGAAAAUAGGACCCAGGAAGAGGAGUAAAGAAGGAGUUAAUCCAAGGCGGUUUCUCACUGAAGUCCUCACUGAAUUAUGUAAAGUUUCUGUUUAAAUUCAUCAAGUUGAGUUUAAAAUUAUUUUUAAGUUAAUGUACAGUGGUGGGUUGUCUCAGUUUAUUGUUGCUAUUAAAAUUAGAGACUAAAAAUUUAAUAAAUCUUUUCAUUUAUGAAUGUAUUGUUUAAGUUCUUAAACGCUACUCCUGUGAUGCCAAUUUUUUCUGAGUAUAUUUGUAAUGUUGACUAGCACAUUUUAUAUCUUGUUUGUGCAAUUGUUGGUUGUUCUCUGCCAAACCCCCCCCCCCCACAAAAUAUAAUCUCAUUGUUUUUUAAAUCAUAUUUUUCAUUGAUAAUUUCAAUACAUUUUACAUCCAUUCCUUGAAUUUUCAGUUUUCAGUAUGUUAGUAUUUGCUAAAGCAAGUAUGAACAGAUUACAAGUCAAUCAAUUAAAACAUUA